AUGAUUUCAACCGUAUUCAUCACUGGCUUUGGUAUCAAUGCGCAAAAUUCUAGUGCACUUUUAUGUAAAUUAUAUAUCUAUGUCGGAUUUACGUUUUCCACGCUUUUCCCUACAAUUCUCAUUCUCGCUUCAAUUGAUCGUUUAUUAAUUUCAUCCCAAGAUACCAGCACACGUCUGUACAGUUCUCGACGUUUAGCAUAUUUUUCUAUUAGUUUCAAUGCAAGUUUUUGGUCAAUUUUCUUCGUCCACGUUCUUAUCAAAGGAAACAUCAUUCGACUAUAUCCCGGCUUUUACCUGUGUUAUUUUGACGCGAAUUAUCUUAAUUUUGUCUCUUAUUCGUCACUGGUUAUUAACGCAGCGGUUUGUUUGGCAAUGAUUGUAUUGUCAAUGUUCGCAUUUAAGAAUGUUCGCCACAUUCGUGUGAUACCAACUCAGCAAUUACGCAAACAACUUCGAACAAUGAACAAAAAAGAUUUUCAAUUACUUCGAUGUUUAUUCGUUCAUGAUCUUGUUUAUAUCAGUUUUAGUAUUUUCAUAAAUGUCUAUUAUGUUUACGAUGCAGCAACCAAAUCUCAAACACGGACGUCAUUGAGGUCAACAAUAGAGAGUUUUGUUGAAAACUUCCUUUUGUUUUUGCAUCAUGUACCAUUUUGCUGUAGCUUUGUUAUAUUUAUUAUCGUAUCGAAAGCUUUUCGCAAUGAAGUAAAACGAAUGGUUUACAAAAUAUUGGGAAAAACGAUCGUGAUCGUACGUGAAGAUGAGAAUAGAGCAGAAGUUUUUGAAAAAGGUUGUGUAGAACGGCAAAUUGUAUCCCUUACUUGA